AUGGCCCAUAAUCUGUCCAUCGCUGGCGUGCAGCUUGAGCUCUCCCAGGCCACCGCAGGAUUCGAAUACUACGACAGUCGAUUCCUCAACAUCACAGGCAAUGCCCCAAAACUUGAAGUUCUUCUAGAGAACAAUGACUUCCCAUUCGCUCACGAAGCAAGUGUCUUCAUCCCAUCCACAGACGAACUUUUCAUGACCAGCAACAUCUUCACCGAUCCCCUGACCAAUCAGUCAACUAUCAAGAUCUCUAAAGUGUCCCUCAGCACCAACCCAAUUACAUCAGAAAUAAUCAACACCACCAUUCCUCUGCCCAAUGGAGGCGUCAAUCACGACUCCGGCAUUCUCUUCUGCGGUCAGGGUACACUCAACCAAUCUGGAGGUCUAUUCCAGAUGUCCCUUGACCCGCCAUAUGAAUCCGAGCUCCUGAUCAGUGGAUUUUACGGUCGGGAAUUCAAUUCCCUAAAUGAUGUGGUUGUUCACAGCGACGGCUCCAUCUGGUUCACUGAUCCUACGUACGGAUACGAACAGGGCAUCCGGCCUGCGCCGCAGUUGCCGAACCAAGUCUAUCGCUAUGACCCGACUACCGGGGAUGUGCGUGUCAUCGCGGAUGGGUUUGGUCGCCCGAAUGGCAUCGCUUUUUCUCCGGAUGAGAAAGUAGUGUAUAUUACUGAUACGGCGUAUACGGUUGGUGAUGGAACGACGGAUCCGACUAAGCCUUCCACUAUCUAUGCAUUCGACAUCACCACCUACCACGGCCAGCCAUUCCUGACUAACCGUCGCGUUUUUGCGAUGGCGGCUAACGGUAUCCCGGAUGGGAUCAAGACCGAUAUGGAAGGCAAUGUGUACGCUGGCUGCGGGGACGGUGUUAAUGUCUGGUCGCCCGGUGGUGUCUUGUUGGGGAAGAUUUACAUCAAGAGCGGCGUGGCUAAUUUUUCAUUUGGACGCAAUGGGCAGAUGUUUAUUAUGAACGAGAAUAAACUGUUGUCUGCACAGCUUGGCCAUUGGGUAAGGGGUUCGCUCUUGAAGAUUUGA